AUGCUAGGACUUACAUGUAUCGUUGGUGGUGAAGCGGCUAAACCCAGUAGUUGGGGAUGGUCUGCAUCUUUACGGGUAAAUGAUAAGCACAUUUGUGGAGGGACAAUACUCUCAGCUUUCUAUAUAAUCACAGCAGCCCAUUGUAUAACUCACAUUCCUGCAUUAUCAAUGGCUACGAUCGCUGCUGGUAUUAGUAAUCUAUCACAAACUGGUCAAACACGAUCUUUAGCAAAGACAUACGUUCAUCCAAAAUUCGAUCCCGACACAUAUGUAAAUGACAUUGCUAUUAUUCGCUUAAAAACGCCACUGAAUAUGGAAGAUUUUCUAAUAUCAAAAAUAUGUUUACCAACUAUUAAUUCAGAGCUACUGCGUACACAAGGAUAUCCUAUAAUUGGUACCAGCCUCGUCGCCAUUGGCUGGGGUACAUUAAAGUCGGAUAGUAAAUUAGUAUCAACCACAUUACAACAGAUAACAAUUCAAGUUGUGUCAAAUAAAGCAGUCAGUUGCAGACAAAUUUUAGAGCAUUCAACGUUACAAUUUUGUGCCGGGAUCCACGGUGGGGGAAAAGGAAUGUCUAUAAAAAUACGAUUAUUUAAAUUUAUCUCUCGAUUUUUUCAUAAUAAAUGUAAGAAUAAAAGAAUAUUAACUAUUAAAGAAUGCUCUGUAUGUUAUCAAUCUCGUUUAAUUGAUGAUUAUUUCAUAAUAUAUUCUCGAAAUUGUAAUCAUUCUCAAACAAUAUGUGAUUUAUGUAUUGUUCACUACAUUAAAAAUCAAUUUGAAUUAAAUGGUGUACAAGCUCAAAUUCAAUGUCCAGAAUAUGAAUGCUCAAAUAAAUUUGAUUAUAAUACAAUAAAAUAUAUUUUGCUGCGUAAAAAAUCUCGUAAUUCAAAAUUAUUCAAACAAUAUGAUGAUGCAUUAUUGCAUCAAUGUCUCGAACAAAUGAAUGAGUUUUGUUGGUGUUCACAUGGAUGUGGUUCUGGACAAAUUUAUUAUUUUCCUCGUGAAAAAACUCAUCCGUCGAAGGUUUCACGUCUAUUGUAUAUAUAUGGAACACGUGUCAGUAUUACCAGUGAACAGUGUCCAUGGUUUCAAUGUAUAGAAUGUAAAAAAUUUACAUGUUUUUAUCAUCGUGUACAAUGGCAUCAUGGUCUAACAUGUUGUGAGUAUGAUUUUCCCGAUAAUCGCACAAUACAAUGGUUAAACGUGAAUACAAAAGUAUGUCCAGGAUGUGCAUAUCGAAUUGAAAAAUCGUCCGGUUGCGAUCAAAUGAAAUGUAAAAAAUGUAACACAAAAUUUUGUUGGAAUUGUUUAAUGGUUAACAAUCAUAAACAAGAUUGUAAACAUUAUUCAGACGGAUAA